AUGACACAACGUCUUCUAGACAUCACGAAAUGGCUCUGGUGGGUUCUGAUUAUACACUCAGCAUAUAAUCCAGUAAGAUGUGUCUCAGUCUCAGUUAAAAGUCGGAUAAAUCCAGCUACAGUAGGAGAGCAAGCUAAAUUCUUUCAAUAUAGGCAUUUGCCAUCUCAUGAGGACUACGAUCAAGGUCAUCGUUUGGGCAGUGCACGACACUUCACUGAGAGACACGAGCGUUCCCGGCCAUCUACAGGACUUUUCUCUGCUAAAGUUCGCUGGGGUGACAAAAAAGGAGGAUAUGGAGAACAUUAUUGGGACUUAAACCAUGCAGGACAUACAGGGAAUCACGGUGACGAUGGUUAUGAUAAUUCUGGUGAUGGGGCUUAUCAUGAGGAAGAAGAUAAUGAUUCAUAUGACGAACCCAGCGAUCACUCGCCAAAUUAUCAAACAAAUAAUUACAACCCAGAAGCAGCAAUGUAUGAAGAAAAUGGUAGAACAAAAAGAGCACAUACAAGACCAAAGGCGCAGAGAAAAGAAAUAGAAGAACAGACUCGAAGACCUCAAAAACAAACAAAAAAGAGUGAACAUUUACAAUUACCUGAUUCAGAUUCUGCCGAUAAACAUGAAACAGAAGAUAGGGACCACAAACAGGCUUAUGAAAAAUAUAGUAAUCAAAACGUUCCACUACCAUCCAAACAGGAACAAUAUAGUCAAAAAGAAUUUGACCAACCGAGAGAGAAGAAUCAAAUGGUUUUAGUAGUAGGCCAUAAAGAGCGAGAAACGCAAGAUAAAGACAGUCAUCUCGCAUCUCGCCAAUUAGAAACAAGCCAUUACGUUCCUUAUGAGGAUGGUUCUGGAAUAAGGCAACAUUAUCAUCCGGAAUUGGCUGCAGCUAAUACCGCUCCUCGGCUCUUUUUAGAAACUUCUACAGGACAUGUAGUUGACAGGACUACCGGCCAAGCAUAUGUUCUGCAGCCAAUACUCCGAAACCAUAAUUAUAGUUAA